GUAAAGGUGAUUAGUCGCAAGGUAAAAUCUCCCCCACGUGUUCGCUACUGUUUAUAGGAUUAGUUGGAUUGUGGGUAUUGCAGUCCGCCAUUUUGUUGUGUGUUUGUACUGUCUUGUCUGUGUGUGUUUUCACGUGGAAAUAGAAAUCAUGAAUUCACAAACUCAGAAUGGCCAUAGAGAAGAACCGGACCCUGAUACAAUUAAAAUGUUUGUUGGUCAGAUUCCACGGUCGAUGGAUGAGAAUGAAAUAAGGAAAAUGUUUGAAGAGUUUGGACCAGUGUUUCAAUUAAAUGUGUUACGUGAUAAAUUAACAGGACAGAGUAAAGGUUGUUGUUUUGUUACAUUUUAUACCAGAAAGGCAGCAUUAGAUGCACAGAAUGCACUACACAAUAUCAAAACAAUGGCAGGGAUGCAUCAUCCCAUACAGAUGAAACCCGCAGACAGCGAGAAACGAAGCGGUGAGACAAAUUGUGGUGGAUAUCAAGUCUCAAGAAUAAUUUCCUAUGAGAGAAAAUUAUUUGUUGGAAUGAUCUCUAAGAAGUGUUCAGAAAAUGACAUUCGCAUGAUAUUUUCACCGUUUGGUAGCAUAGAAGAUUGUACAGUUUUAAGAGACCAGAAUGGCCAAAGUAGAGGCUGUGCUUUUGUUACAUAUGUAAAUAGACAGUCAGCUCAAAAUGCAAUAAAAAGCCUUCAUCAUUCCCAAACAAUGGAGGGCUGUAAUGCACCAAUAGUUGUAAAGUUUGCAGACACACAGAAAGAAAAAGAACAGAAAAAGUUGAACAACAUGACAGCCAAUUUAUGGAGUCUUUCAGUAGGAGGUUUAAAUGCUCUUGGUCCACAAUACUUAGCAUUAUUACAACAGGCAGCGGCAGCAGGGAACCUGGGAAUGUUUAAUUUAGGUAAUAUGGCAGGCGGUAAUAAUGGUCUGCAGCAUCUAUUACUGGCUCUUGCUGCAGCGGCAGCAGGAAAUAACCAAGGAGGACUAUUAGCUGCCCUUGCAGGGCUCCAGUUUAAUGGUGGAAAUUUAUCCACCCCAAAUUCACCCAGCGGAUCAAAUUGCUCCAAUAACAACAGCAGUACAGGAGAGGUUGCCAGUCUACAGAACUUGCAGGGUCUGAUGGCUUUAGCCAAUGCUAAUAAUCCAGGUGCUUUGAAUGCAUUAGGUAUCCAGAGUCUGUCAGGAUUGGGUGGUAAUGGUAUGUCUAAUAGCACAGCUUUUGGACACAGACCAAAUGGAAAUAUAGGAUCAUUGACGGGUACGACUACAACAUCAUCAUUGCCUGGCCUUGCCGCUAAUUUACAGAGUCUUGGCAACAACAAUAUUAGUGCUACACAUCUACAGAAUGCUGUUAAUGGCCUUGGUUCCACAAACCAUUCAGGGAUGGAUACCAUUAGCCAGGCUUACACAGGGAUACAACAAUAUGCAGCAGCAUUCCCAAAUUCAUUUAAUACAACAACAGCACAGAUCCAACAGAAUUCUGCAGCUGGUAAACAAUCAGAGGGACCUGAAGGAGCCAACUUAUUCAUCUAUCAUUUACCACAAGAAUUUACAGACAGUGAUUUAAUACAAACAUUUUCUCCUUUUGGGAGUGUGAUCUCUGCUAAAGUGUUUAUUGAUAAACAGACAAAUCUCAGCAAAUGUUUUGGAUUUGUUAGUUAUGACAACCCAGUCUCAGCUCAGGCUGCCAUACAAGCCAUGAAUGGUUUCCAGAUUGGAAUGAAAAGACUGAAGGUUCAAUUAAAACGCCCAAAAAAUGAUGGCAAGCCUUACUGAUAUAGGCAAUAACAUGACACAGUGGUGUUUCCUUUGUCAGUGACGUGAUGUCCUUCAUUUGUCCUUCACAUCCUGUCUGAAAGUGUUUGCGUCAUACAGAAAUAACUUUAAAUCAAGACAAUUAGAUUUUGUUUAUGUUUUGUAUAAAGGGUUCCUUCAUAUACCACUUAAAGUUUUCUUGUAUCAAGUUUUAAAAGUUUGUGUACUGUUUAAGUAUUGUUUUAACGUUUACAUAAUUUUAUUUUUUGUUAGUGAUAAGCUUUACUGUCGUUUAAUAAAUUUAAAUUCAUGAAAUUUUUAAGUGGUAUAUGAAAGUUGUUACAGCAUUUAUGAAAUAAUAUGAGUGUGUACAAAAAUUUUCAACCAUAUGGCUUAAAUACUUAUGUGUAAUCAAGAAAAUAAAUGUAUGUGUUAUUUUAUAUACCAAAGAUUAUGUUAUAAUCAAAAGAUUGUUUUUAUUUUUAUUUUAAUCGAUAUAUUCAGUUAUAUCAUGUGACCAAUAGGUCAUAAAUUUAUCAGUGCCAUUUAAUUUUUCACGAUUUUAAGCAAUUUGAUACCAAAGUUAUAUUUUUUUAUGUUACAUACUCAGUUUUUGUAUUAAAGCAGCAAGUAGAUUCUUUUAGAAGUCUGAUUCUAUUAAAAGAAAAAUGAAGCAAGAGGGUUGAUUAAGGUAGUGUUUUACUUUUAAGUUUCUCUACAAGUAUGAAAAAGGUUUAAGGUGGUACCCAACACUUUCACUAAAAUUAAUUUGGCUCGUUAAAUUUUCAUAAAAUUUUGUCAAAGUACUUACUUCGAUCCUUGUAUAAAAAUAUAAAAGUUUCAAAAAUUUUGAACCAACCGUUUUGUCAGAAAAAUUACACUGGUUAUAUAGCAGUUUGACAAACACCAAUUUUGAUCAUUGAGAAGCUUGAUAUCCUUUUUACAACACAAUGUAAUUAAAACGUUUAGCUGACUUUACAGAGUUAUCUCCCUGUAGUGUUAGGUACCACCUUAAACGUCUGUAUUUGUUUCUUGUGCUUGUUAUUAAGCAUUUUUAAAAUUAGAAAAACUUUUUACAGUUGUGAUACUUAUGUAAAUAUUUGUUUUUAUUUUUCAUUUCAAAUAGUGCAGCUAACUUCAGUUUUAAGAAAUGUCUUUGUUAAAAAGUGUACCUGUGUAGUCCUUCAUAGAAAAGUGAGAAAGGCAGUGAUUAUCAUUUCAGAACUUUUCAAUUUUUUUCAAUCAAAUUGAACAUUUCGCAAGGUAUUUAGCUUUUAAUCUAUUGCGCUUUUUUCUUCAUUUAUCUUAUAGAUAAUUUAAAAAUUCUUUAAUGUUUAACAACUGUUGUAGAUUUUUUGGGGGACUUUAUUUACACACAUUCUUUUUUUUUUUCAAAUUGACUGUAAAUGGGAAUUGAAUUUUCAUUUAAUUUUAUAUUAACCUUUUGUUUAAAUUCUGGAAGGAUCGUGAUUGUCAAAGUUUACAAGAUACAACAACUGAAAUUAUGUGUAUAUUUUGUAAGGAUUGUUCAUAAUGGUUAUAGCCAUAUUAUUUAUUUUUCAUCCGAUUCACUUGUAUUUAUAUCAUACUGUAUCAGUUCAGAGGUUGUGGUUCAUGUUUAUAAAAGCCAUAUGGUUGUUAAUUUUAGAUCAUUCAUUGAAUAAUCAAAAGGUUCUAUUGAACUUUAAUAUUUUUUAUCAGAGUCAUUGGAACUCUUUUCAUAUCAAUCAGGUUCUUUUUCAGAACCCAUAUCAUAAUUUAUCAAGUUCAUAAUGCGUCAAUGUUUUGUGAUACUUGAUCAAAAUUGCUAACAUGGUUGUCAGUUAUAUAUAUAUAACUUGUAAGUAUAUAUAUAUGUGUGUGUAAAUAAAUAUGGUAUAUGUUUGCAGUGUGAAACAUUUAUCAUUUAAAAAAUGGAGUUGUAAUGUUAAAUUUUGUUGAUAUUGUGUGAGUUAAAAUCAAAAGAUGUUGUUUAUUAUAUAUAAUCUUGUUUUUUUGUGACUAAUUACAUGCACAUGAUAAAAAAAAUGGUUGUUUUGACACUUUAUUUUUUGUUUUAGGAAAUAUUUA